AUGGCGGCCACUUCUUCUUCUCUCUCUUCCUCCGACAACUCUUCCCCUCACCGUAGCCGGCGACACCACCGCCAUCGCCGAGACCGCGACAAGGACUCCCUCAAGAUCCGAAAGAAGACCAAGUCUCAGUCCCGUGGGAAACGACGUCGUAGGCAUCACCACCACUCUUCCAAUUCAGAUUCUGAUUCCGAUUCCGAUUUCUAUUCCUCAUCAUCUGUCUCCGACUACUCCAGAAGCGAAAGUUCUUCUGAUAGUGAGCAUGAAACAUCUCACCGUUCAAAGAGGCACAAAAAGAGUGACAGGCCAAAGAAGAGUAAGGAAAAGGAUCGAACUAAAAGCCACCGUCAUAAGCGGCAGAAGCAUAAAGUAAAAGAGUUUGAGAUGCUUAUGAUACUUUCUUCCUAUUUUAUGUAUUGGCUCUUUGAAAUUGGAGCUGGGAUCUGUGGCAUGUUUGGGUGCUUGAUCGACUUGCUUGAAUGUUGUUUCUUGGUGGGGUUUGUCCUGGCAAUGGGAGCUUUAUAUAGAAGCAGCAUGAUGAGAGGAACAGUAGCCCUGUGCAGCUUUCUAAGGUUUUAUUGGCGUGCCAAAGAUGAUGGUGUCCGUCGGAGUGCGGUUUCUGGCAAGAAGGAUGUCAGAUAUAGUAGUUUAUAUAGGAUUUACCCGUUUUCUUCCCAGAUGGAGAUAUUCCCUCUUUCAUCCCCUAAAGAGCGUGGAGUCACGUGGCUUGCAUGCAAUUUCCUUUCCUUUUACAUAAUUAAUUCUGACCUCGAGUAG